AUGCAGCAACUAGAGAAAAGUGUUGCCAAAACUAUUGCUGAAUAUGGUAAAAAAAUGAAUACCGCUAAACAAGAAAGUUCAACGUUUGUGUUCAAGACCAAUGACUCCAUCAUACAGAUUGAUGACAAACAACGUGAUUCUUUAAGAUCAAUGACUCCAAUCCAUUCACAUUACUCAAGACUAACAACUUCAAUCGUCCUAAAUGAUGACGAUGAUAAUUACUACUCAAGACUGACUACUUUCAUUGUACCUGAAGAAAGACAAUUAGAGGAAGUGUUAAUAAAACAAGAAAAACAAAUCUGUGCAUUAUAUGAAAUAUUAAAGGGAAUGAACAAAAAGCUCCUUUUGAUUCAAGGACAGUUCAAGAAGCAAAAUAAAGAUAAAGAUAAUAACCUAAGUCUGAAAGUAUUUAGUGAGGGAUAUAAUACGAAAUUGAAUAAAGUUAGGGAAUUCUAUAACAGAUUAUAUGAUAAUAAUGACAAUUCGAUAGAAAAUAUUUCUAAAUAUGCAUUUCCUAGUAUUUCUGAAGAUAAUGAAUCAUUCAAUGAUAUAUACACAUAUACAGCGACUGUUUGUGAUAUAGUCUUGAACCCAGAAUAUCCAGAUCUUGAGUGUGUGAAAAAACCUCUAGAACGACGAUUUUAA